AUGCUGAAGGCUCUAGUUCCAUCACCGAUAGCCAAGCAGAUAAUAGACACGUACCUGAGUGUGUGCAGAUACACCGAGGAGCCGGUGCUGACCGAGGAACGGCGCAAACCCUUCAUUGUCAUCGAGGGCAACCAUCGCUCCAGCAAGACAGUGAUAGGCCAGAAGCUAGCCCAGCUCCUCGGAGGACGACUCAUCAGUCAGGUGGCCCCGUGUCUACGCAAGUACAGUACGCAGCUCAUGGGCAGCCACCCACUGCGACGACCCCUACAGUUCCUCUCGCUCUACGCCACAGCAUUCGACGCCAAAGUGCAGAUCUCGCUGGACCGCCCAGUCGUUGUCAACAGUUACUGGACGGAGCAGCUGGCGUUCACAGUGACCAGGGUGUUCCACGCCGGAGCUCUGCCUCCAAUCUCUGCCGAGUUCUUCCACUACCCAGAGGAUCUCCUCAGACCGGACCUUCACAUCUUCUUGGACUUUGGCGAGGCAGUCCUCACUACCACACCCGCGUACACAGUCCACUACGCCAUUGUCAACUAUAGGAAGACAUCCAACCUGAGGAAAAGGAAACUGGAGCUGUACAGACACAUGCAGUCUGAGGUGCCAAUACAUAUCCACGAGUUGGAGAGGGUGACUCAUCUCAAGACCGCCAAACAGCUGGUGGAGGUGGUGCGAGCAAAUCUGUCACAGACGAGGGACCUCACCAGCACAUCCCUACUGGACUACUAGCACAUGUAACGCGUCCACCAUAACAUACUGUCAAACAUAAAACACAGCAGAAAACAGAAAACCUUAUCUCCAACUGUCCAUAACCAAAGUUACUACAUCAUAAUUGCAGUAAAUAACUUGUCAAAAAUCGUAACGCUCAAACUGUGUGAAAUAAGCAUCGGAAAUCACAAGAGUCAACAAAGAAAACGUGAUAGCCAUUGAAUUGAAA